AUGUCUCGUUUACGGGAUGGUCGUUGCUGGAUAGUACUGAUUUUGUUCUGUUUAUUCAGCAGCUCAAAUGCCAUUCAGUGGAUUACAUUUGCCCCUAUCGCCACACCAUCGAGGGAUUUCUUUAACUUGAGCACCAACCAGCUGAAUCAUUUGUCCUCUGUAUACAUGAUCGUGUUUGCCUGCGGUGUCAUAUUUACAUGCUCGACGUUUGAGCGAUGGGGUGUGCGACGUGGGGUUUUGAUUGGCUCUGGAUUAAAUGCCUUUGGUUCGGUGCUGAAGUUUGCCCCCGGACUUUUUUAUCCGUCAUUCCCAACGAUGAUUGUGCCCCAGACGAUCAAUGCCGUCGCUCAACUAUUCGUCUUGUCGACCCCGCCGUUAAUCGCAGCGCAUUACUUCCCUCCCAGGCGCCGUGCAUUCGCAACGGCAGUGGCGAGUACGUCCAACAGUCUUGGCAAUGCCCUCGCUCUCUGCGUACCGCCACUGGUGGUGAAAAACGCGGACCGAAACUCCUUUAUGAUCCUUUUUGGGGCCGAGAUGAUCUACUGCUGCCUCGUGUUUCUUGCCGUCUGCUUUUUUCUGAAGCCGCCACGGCAACUGUCUUGGAGAAACGGAACAAACGGCCACACAAACCAUGUCCCUGGCGCGAGGACUCACCCACAUGUACGCAACGGCCCAUCAUCGUCUUCGGACCAGGCAAACCAACCGACUCAACCAGUUCACGAGGAGAGCAGUUCCUCAGGAUGGAUGCGGAAUGAGCAUAUUCACAGUAUCAUACAUGUUUUACAUGUUGGUUAUCUCCUACUAAAAUCCUGGGACUUUUUCUUUCUUUCGCUUUCUUUCAGCAUCAGCAUGGGAAGCGUCUGGACUUUUGCAUCGGUGCUAACACAGAUCUUGGAGCCGUUUGGCGUAUCGCAGGAGCUCGCGGGAGCAAUGGGAGCGAUAAACAUAGUCGCUGGGACGAUUACGGCCUAUUUGGUUGGCGUGUGGAUUGGCCACAGUCGCAAUUACAAAAUAUCACUUCUAUUAUGUUUUUUGCUCUCCUUUGCGUGCUGCUGCGGUCUUAUUCUGACGAUGGUGUUGGCACCACCGAAUACAUCGUUGAUAAAUGUCUUGUUUGCCUUCUUGUAUAUAACUGCGGGUUUGGGACAAAACACCGCAAUACCCAUCUGCUUUGAGUUUUCCAUGGAGAUCACACACCCCAUGCCAGAAUCGGUCCCAGGCGCAAUUCUAAUGGCGGGUGCAAAUAUCGUCUCACUCAUUCUGCUUUCCGUCUCCUCCGUCCUUCUUGUGGACGGUCUUGCCACACCGCAAAGCGCGGUGAAUGUCAUGAUAAUGAUCAGUGCCGUGUCGCUAAUCGGUGGAAUUUUUGCGCUGGCCCCUGUUGAAAAAUUACGCCGUCAUGAAGCGGAGCUGGAGGCAUGGCGAAUUCCCAGCACCUGUGAGACUGGGUCUGCAGGGGGAAACUGCACUGGAGGUGAUGCGAUGCAAGGGCAAAGUAUGCGCCUUGUUGGUCGGGAAAGUGAGCCAGAGGCAAACAAAUCCGUCGGAAGCGAGCCUGAUCCACGCAUCAGCCCCCGUUCAAAGGUGGGAUUUGCUGUGAAGGACAUCCACCAUGCCGCCACCGACGAACGUCGCACGCGGCCGUGA